CUGCUGUCAUUCAUUCAAAUAGUGAGUCGGCCGCUGGAUCAAGUUUACUCUUCUGAGGAGCUUCUGGAGCAAGUACUGUGAGAAGAGUGACUCGAUCUGACUGAACCUGUGUGUGUUCAGAGGAAGAGCUCUGCUGACCCGCUGGACUCUGGGCUUCACUGACACCUGCACCAUGAGGAAGGAAUCCUGCUGCAUGUUCACGUCUGGAGUCAUCGGCGCUGUUCUCCUGAUCAUGGGAACCGGACUCUUUGUGUCCGGACUCUUCCAGACCUUGAUCCACAACAAGCUGAAGGGGGAGAUCACGCUGACGGAAGGCAGUAAAAUUUUCGGCACGUGGAAGAAUCCCCCGCCUCCGGUCUACAUGGAGUUCUUCAUGUUCAACCUCACCAACCCUGACGAGUUUCUGGAAGGAAAAGCCAAACCUCAUGUUACUACAAUGGGGCCGUACACCUACAGAGAGUUCAGGCCCAAACACAACGUGUCAUUUGUUCACAACGGGACGAAGGUUGCUGCUUACACAGCUAAGAUUUUCGUCUUUGAGCCUGAGAAAUCAGUUGGAGACCCGAACGUGGAUCUGGUGACGACGGUGAACAUCCCAGCGGUGGCCGUGAUGAAUCGGAUCAAAGGUGCAGGAUUCUGGGUCUCCUCGGGAUUCUCCAUGUUCAUGGGCUCCAUCGGCACCAAAAUGUCCAUGACACACACGGUGCAGGAGCUGCUCUGGGGCUUCAAAGACCCCUUACUCACCCGACUGAAAACCAUUAGACCAGAUACGGAUGAAUACUUCGGUCUCAUGCUGCAUAAAAAUGGCAGCGAUGAUGGUGAGUUUGUGUAUCACACUGGAGAGCAGAACUACCUGGACUUCGGCCGCAUUUACACCUGGAAGGGAGAAAAGAUGGUGUCCUUCUGGAAAACCAACCAGAGUAACAUGAUCAACGGCACUGAUGGCAGCUCCUUCCACCCGUUCCUGACCAAAGAAGAGCGGCUCAACGUCUUCACCCCUGACCUCUGCAGGUCCAUCCACAUGCGCUUUGAGAAGGAGGUGGAGCUGAAGGGCAUCCCAGCAUACCGCUUCACGCCGCCCCGGGACACGCUGGCCAGCGGGAAGAACAACCCGGAAAAUGAGGGAUUCUGUGUGACACCAAAUAAAUGCCUGGAUGAUGGUGUGCUGGAUGUGUCUGUGUGUCGGAAUGGUGCUCCUGUCGUCGUGUCUUUCCCUCACUUUCAUCUGGGCGAUGAGAAGUAUGCCCAAGCUAUCGAUGGCAUUUCUCCGGUGCAUGAGCAUCAUCAGACCUUUCUGGAUCUGAACCCUACUAUGGGAGUGCCUGUUCGUGCCAUGAAACGAGCCCAGUUCAACAUUCAACUCGAUAGAGUUAGUGGCUUUCCGUUGACCAGGAAUCUCAAUAACACCAUCUUUCCCAUCUUGUUUCUGAAUGAGUCUGUGGUGAUUGACGACGCUUCAGCGGCGAGGAUUCAGAAGCUGCUGCUGAUCGUGACUCUAGUGUCUCAUUUCCCGCUCAUCCUCGUAUCUCUGGGAGUCAUUCUGGUGCUUGUCUCCAUCAUCCUCGCCAUUCGCUUCUAUGAGAACAAGCCGUCUGCAAAGAAAGACACAUCAUACGCUCCUGUCGCCGCCAAAGUGAACGAUCAAGACGAGAAAAAUGGCACUUUUAUCGGCAUGAUGCCUGUGGACAAGUCUUAAGCGGCUGUGUGUGUGUGUGUGUGUGUGUGUCACAGGUGCUUUCACUCUCAGUAGAGCGGUGUGUGUCAGUCGUCAUGAUUCACACUCGUUAGCAGACAAGCAUCUCGAUGAACGACUGAACACACACACAUUUCAUGGUCACUCUGCACCCAUUUCAUUUCAUAUUUAUACACUUUAAGCAACAUUUAAAACUGCUGUCAGGGAUUUUUUUAAAGAGUAUCACAGAUCAAAUGUUAAGAAACUCAAUUUGGACCCAAAUGCAGCCCUCGCUGUCCACUGAUUACUCUACUGAAAUCAGGCCUAAAUUUAAGAUUUAUGUGUUUGAAUUCCAUCUACAUUAAACUUAAUGUGAUGCAUAUUUGUCAUUCAUACAUAACAAAGCCAGAUUUCUAAACAACUAAUUUGCAUUCAUUAGAUGUAUUAUGUUUUCAUGGUUGAAAUAUGACUAGAUGUUGAACAAGCAAUUUUUAAUAAAAUGCAUGAGAUUGAAACAGAUUGUAUUUGCUGAUAGUAGAUAUAUAAACCUUGUUAUUGUAUAAAACACAUUCAGUUCUUUAGCACUAAUACAGUUUCAUUUAUGACUGACAAAUAUGCAUCGUAUAAGUUUAUUCCAAGUCAUUCAAAUCGUAUAUAAAUUUCAUAAAUCUUUUCCACACAUGAAUUGUUCCUGAAUUUAAACAGAAUAUAGAAAGUAGUUUUACCUUGACAUGACUGACCGCAGCCAAACACACACAUGUGACAAACAAUAACACAACCUCUCCUGUGUGAACGAGCCACAUGUGACUGAACCUGCUGUGCCUUUCAUCAUGAAGAGUGUUAUUUCAGUGAACAGCUGAUUCAUUCAUAAGCUUAAAAUACUAAAGUUGUUGAUUUGAUGUUGUGGAAUAUGUAAUCUAACGUCUGCGGUCAUUUCAGACAUACACACUUCUCUGAACGUGAUCUUUGAUCCUCAAACACUGAACGCAGACGACUGCCUGAAUGAUUUUAGAUGAGAAUUGUUCUGAAAUGAAUAUAAUCUAUAAGUAUUAUUAGACAGCAGAAUUGCAAUGAGCGUGCACUUCUUUUACUGUUACUGAACUAAUAUUUCAGGAUCUUUUCUGAAAUAUGAACAAGUAUUUUCAAAGCUUCAGUCCUUAUAUUUUCGUUAUUUAGGAUCAAACGGUGGUUUUGACACGUUACUGUUUAAUGUGUUUGCACUGGCUUUCCUAAACUAGAUGCUUCAGCGCAAACUCAUAACAUAAUAACCUCUUAUCAUAACUCAAGGUAUUUAUUAUCAUAUUGCACUAAAAUACACAAUAUUAAAUUUAAUUCUGUGGCUGCACAUUUAACGCACUGUUUUUUGAGAUGGUCAAAAUAGUUUCGAACUCUAAACGAUUUAUUUGAAUUGAUAUGAUUUCUUUAUGUUGUUAUAUUGAUGUGCCAAACAUCUUCAUGUUGUUAUACUGAGUUCAAAAAAUAAAUAUUGCACUUGAUGAGUUAGAUUUGCUUGGAUGUCAAUGGAAGAAAUCAAUUUUUGAGUUCAGAUGUUAGUGUUUAAGAAUGAAUGUAACUUGGUUUAAAUGCCUUUCGGGUCUUUUCAGCAUUUCAGGUGUUUAAUAAUGCAAAAUCAUGCCUUCAUCAGUGUGUAAACUAAAACUCAGUGGCCUUCGAUCUGUUUAAUGCCUUCUGCAUCUGUCCAGCUCUUAGAUUUCUAGAUUCAGACUGCACAAAUAAUUGUACAGUUUUGUAUAUAAAAUGAAGCCUUUAUUUGGUGGAUUUAUAAGAAAAUAUAAUAAAAAGUCUCUCUGAAAGGCA